CGAAAUAGUAAGAAACUCUACCACCUGCGUUAACUACAUAUUGUGAGACAGAACUAGAACACUUUCAACGAAGCUGUCAACGUUUCGUCUUGAGUCUGUUUUCAGCUCUGUUGCGUAUUCUGCAUGAACUACCCAAUCAGCCAUAGCGGUUCUGUGCUUUCCGCCUCAGUAAUGAAUGAACCGUCAGAUGCCCAGUCCACGCUAUCAGAGACGCGUAAAAGACAAAAUCGAAAGGACGAAGCUCUUAGAAAGAAAAUUGCUACAGAACUGAACAAAAAAAUGAGCCAUCUGGACCCUCCAAAACGAAAUGUUCGGAGUCAUAGUGAUCCUACAACUGUAGCAUCUGCGUCUUUAGCUCCCGCUCUGACAGUUCAGACGCACACGCUUGUCUCAGAAGCAUGCCAAUUGAUGGCAGCUAAGCGUGAAGAAUGCUUAUUGGUCGUUGAUGAAGCUCAACAGUUGACAGGAAUUAUUACGUCGCUAGAUGUGUCAAGGAAGUGUGUGGGAGGAGGAUUUGAUCCUCGAGGCUCGACGGUUGAGAGUUUCAUGACAGAAGGCCCAAUUUGUAUUACAAGCGACACACAGUUUGCCGAUGCUCUGGCUCUCAUGCUCGAACAUGAUCGCAUUUACCUGCCGGUUGUGAGCGACGGAACCGACGAAGGCUGUGAAGACGGUGAUGUCUUGGGCAUUUUGGAUAUUUGUUCGUGUCUUCAUGAACCACUGAGUCGUGUAAAGCGACAGGAGGAUGCUGCUGCUAAACUUAUGGAGGCUCUCGCAGGAGCUCACGACGAACUGGACGGCUCGUCUCUCUCAGGCUCGGCUCAUGCCUCGGAAUUUGUUGAAUACGUCGAGUCUCUUCGACAGAAAGCCGCUGGUCGUGAGGUUGGAGCCUUGUUGGAAGACGUUUUGUUUGAGCCGGUUCUAGUCGGUGUCCGCACCAGCGUGCUUGAAGCGUCGCAGCUUAUGGCUCAAGCCGAAGCAAACGCCGUCCUUGUCAUGGACCAAGGACUUGUGUCGGGAAUCUUUACUUCACAUGACAUUGUUCUUCGGGUGGUAGCAGCUGGACUUGACCCGAGCAAAUGCUCCGUCAUUCGGAUCAUGACUCCUCAUCCAGACUGUGCGUUGGUUUCGUUACACAUCAGCACGGCGCUGGAACGGAUGUUGGAAGGUGGUUUCAACAAUCUUCCCGUGAUAGAUGAGAACGACGGCAUUGUGGGGCUACUCAACAUCACCCAGCUUGCACAGGCCAUCGUGGCCGAUCAAGAACCGAACGGUGACAAGGAUCACGAUGAGAACGCACUCACACCGGAAAAUUUGAAAGCUGUUGAAGCAGAAAAUGCUAUGUAUGACAAUGAUCCACAACUUGCAGCAACUCCCCGGUUGAUGAACGCGCAGGAACUCGUCGUCGGGGAAAACGGUUCACAAAAUCCUACAGCACUCAGUGCAAUUCAAUUGAAUGAGCCAGCUGUUUCAGUUGUUAUGUCUCUUCCUGCUGAAUCGUCCCUACCCGCCAACUCAUCCUUCCACGGAGACUCGCUACAAGAUUUAAUCCAACCAACGGAUUCAGCAUCCCAAGUGAAGUACAUGCCUUCAUGGCAGCACAUGCCCAUGACUGUCAAGUACCGUUCCACCUCAGGCAGAGUGCACAGAAUGCGACUUGACGACCUUGGAAAUUAUCGUGGACUCUGCGCCGCUGCAGCACAGCGAGAGGGUCUUGAUUCUGCCCAACUCGUACUGACGUACCUGGACGACGAAGGGGACCAUGUAGAGUUGACCAGCGAUGAUGAUUUCCGGGAAGCAAUUAUUCUUUCCAAGCGACACGGUUUUACCAGAGUCGAAAUUCGCGGCAGCUUAGCUGCUGCUGCCACAGUCGUAAGCAAUCUGAGCGACAGGAAAGCGGUAUCGGAGGUGAAUGCCGUUCCAUCUAGCGUCGGUGCUCCAUCCGUUGUGGAAAGUACUCAUCCACUACACGCACCUGUUGAGAAGAAACUAGAGACACAGGCAGUACGCUGGCAAAUCCCAGCACUGGCCACGGCGGCCACUGUACUUGCAGUGACGGUCGGCAUUUGGUAUGCUCGGCGAAAGAAGUAAAGACGGAAUGUUAUGGUUACAUGUAUACCCCCUAUAGGUCUCAAAGUGCCGCAUAUGAUCAUAGACUUUUUUUCCUCCCAAAGGACACCAUUUCUGAAAACCGGAAACUCUGCAAUCAUUUUCAUUCCCAUUGUCAUAUGAAGAAAAAUAAACUGUUAUGUAUGGACGACAAGAACAUGUAGGGUCGGGACAGAGGGACAGAGGGAGAGAGAGUGUG